GGUAUAUUUAUUUCUAUUGUCAAUAAAUGUCAAACUUAUUAAAAAAUCCUUAGACCAAAUAUUUAUAAUCAUUUAAAUAAUUAUCUUAUACUUGAUAUUAACUGAAAUGAACAAUGUAAUAAAGAAUUAACGUUUAUCGCAACAUUUUUGACAAAAUUUCUCACUUGAAAUAAUUUAUAAUGUGUGAAAAUGGUUCAGAAUUUAAUGAUACUGUUGACCCUAGAGUACAUGUUGAAUUAGAAAGAUUGAACAAUGCCACCGACGAAAUUAAUAAACUUGAAGUAGAAUUAGAUGAAUGUAGAACUUCUUUCAAACAACUUAUCUGUGAAAGUACCCUUAAAGUAGAUGCAAUUAGAGUAAAAUUAGGGAUGUGUGUUGAAAGGGCAAGACCAUAUUAUGAAGCAAGAUUUUAUGCUAAUGAAAUAUUUAAACAAUCUCAAAUCGCAGCUAGUAAAUUCGAAAAGGCUAACAGUGCCCAUAGCGCUGCUAGAGAAAUGGUUUAUUUGGCGGAACAAGGUUUAGGAGGAAGAACACUUGAUCCUGCAUGGCAAGAAAUGCUUAAUCACGCUACUCAGAGAGUAAAUGAUGCCGAGAGAGAAAGAGGAGUAGCUGAAAUAGAGCACAGAAUUGCGUGCGUUAAACAUGAGGCAGCUAAUACAAAGGUACAAAGCUUACAAAAAGAAUUGAAAAGAGCAAUAACCAAAAGCAGUUUAUCCAUUCGAAGAUCCUUAUUACAAAUGAGUAACAUUUUGUCCCAGCAUGAUUUGAUGUUUUUACCUUAUUACGAAAUGAAAGCACACUAUAAUCAACUGCUCGAGAAACAGAAAGCGAAAGUCCACGCUUUGGAAUCGCAAGUUUCAAACGCAAAAUUAACUUACGCAGACGCUUUAAAAAGUCUUGAACAAAUAUCCGACGAAAUACAUCAAAAUAGAAAAAGAGUAUCUCUUCUUACCGCUAAUUUUGCUAGCGGUAAACAGAGAAGUUUGGAUUCUAAUAUAUCCAUGUUGGAUGAUGCUCAAGAACUGAUUGAAGAAUUCAAAAGUCUUCCUCAAAAACUAGGAGAUGCUUCUAGUCCCGUUGCUUCCAAAUUAGAAGAUGUUGAUGGAUUCAGGAACCCUUUAUUUAACGCUUCUCCUGUAUCACCCGUUUCUAGUAGCGAAAAAAUCGAACGACCCAGUAUUGCUAAAAGCCACUCGAGCGAAUGGACCGAAAUUAAUUUGGACGGUAGUAGUCCGGAAGAUAUUUCGCCGAAUAAACAAUUCAAUAUUAAUUUUGGGAAACCGCUUUUGACGAGACAAAAAACUUUGCCGAAUCCCAAAUCGGAUAACGAAUAUUCGGCAAUAAAAAAUAAAAUAAAAUUAGAUCAUAGCAUAUCAAAUUGGAUUAGCAGAUCAUCGUUAAAGAAUGAAGAUCGUUCAGUUAACGAUCGACGACAAAGUCUUGAUAAUCUCCUCGGUCCUACUGGCGAAAAAGUGAAAGAAAUCUUUUCGCAAGGAAUGAUGAUGCUGAAUAUCGGUUCGCUUACCGAACGAAGAAACAGCGAACCGAAAUUGGGUUUAACCGAGGAAAAGUUCAAAAACGGAUCUACCAGAAAAAUUCCGAGUCCUCUAGAAAAAACACUCGCUUAUCUUACGAUCGACGAUGAUAAUUCAGAUACCGAAAGUGUUUCGAGUAUCGAUAUGUUAAACGAAGAGCAAAUAAAUUCUUUGAUGUUGGAUCCUAAUACAGUUUGCGAACAAGUUUUGGGCACUCCUAUGGCCGAAGUCGUGAGUUUACCACAGCUUGUAUCUAGUCAACCGAUAAAUUAGAAUAUAACUAUUAUGAAAUAAAUAAUAUCAGUACAAUAAUAAUCGUUACCUAAUGAAUAAAUUAUCUGAAAGUGCUAUAUCUCUAAUUUUAAAAUUAUAAUAAAUAUAGUGGCUUUUGAAAAAGUACAAAGCAAAUUAGAUGUUAAAAAUGGCAUUUUUUGGGUAUAUUAAGAAAAAAAAUCGCAGAAUUCAACCACAAAUAUAUAGUGAAAAUAUAAGUGAGCAGUGAACGUGUUAAAUUAUAUAUUAAUAUACAGUUUUUUGCACUUUCAAGUUAAAUUUAUUUUUUGAAUCGGUUUCCUUCUAGUAUUAUGUCUAGUCAUCCAAAGGUAGUGAUUUAAAAUUAGUUCGUUAGUUGCCUUAGGAUUAUAAUUAUUAUAUUGAAAAUUUAUAAUUUUGAUUUAUUUCAAUUCAUUCAUUCAUGUGAAAUAUAAGUUUGAUUUGAUUAUUUUAUUUUUCCAAUUAUUUUACUUCUGCUCUCCUCAUUUCACUACUUUCUAGUUUUGUUACAUCUUACUUGCCCCAGCUAUCUAAACUGCCAUUGUAGAUGAGGGUCGAAGCCUUCAAAAAUGGUAAAAAGGCGACAAAGUAAUUUCGGUUUUGUAGUAUAAAAUAAAACGAUUAUAUAUCAUCAUUUUUGCCAUAUUUCUUUCAACCUCAUCAUUCCGCGCUCAUGAAAUUUCUGGUCCUUAUCAGCAAAAAACUGAACUAGGUGCGAUUGAAGGCCAUCAUAAUUUGUGAACGUUUGAUCAUUCAAAGAAUUCUGCAAAAUUCGAGGAACACUAAACCUUUCCAUUUGACUAUUCCGGCAGAUUAAGAAGGGUCUGUUUCUUUUCGUUUAAGGUAUAUAUCGCUAAUGUUGAUUCUUUGUGUUAAAUGAAUUUCUUCCAAUACAUGAGGUAUCUACCCAAAUACUUAUCAAGCUUCUCAACUAUUUUGAAUAACUAUUUGACAUUUUUUUUGUAUUUAAGAUGUUUAGUGAUGAUAAUUAUCUACAUUAUUAUUAUUAUUUGUAUUUGAUUGAUUUAGGCGAAGAGUAAUCAUACAUUUUAUAAUAAGAAUAACUAUAGAUACAUUAUUUAAUACUCAGAUGUAUUUGGUUUAUUGAUAUUAUAAAUUUAGUGAUUUUCUAGUGUCUUCCCAUGACUAAGUCACAUGUGGACUGUGUCAUUAGUUGAUUUACCAGAACAUUUAUCAAGCAAUAGUGUGCAGCAAUGCAAUGGGAUAUUUUGUAGAUUUUAUUGAUUGAUAAAUACUUUUUUGUCAAUUUAACCCAUAUAAGACUUUAUAAUGCAAAGAAGUAGUCAAAAUAUAUAACACUCACCUUGAUAACAUUCAUCAAAGAUAACUGGAUAAUAUUGUCUAUAAAAUUCCUUCGCAAAACGACACUGUAUAUUUUGAAUCACAUCUAUAAAAAACAGCGAAAUUCUCCACUGAUUGAUGUAUUUUGUACCAGUUAUAGCAAAAUAUCAUAUCAAUUGAUGUCUUUUGUACCAAAUCUUUCCUAUUCGUUAAAAUAUUUAUUGAUAAUAUUAGAUGUCUAUCCAAGUUUUGAUCCUGGAUAUUUUUAUUUUAAAAUCUCUGACAUGGAUAUAUCACAUAUCUCUUUUGCUGUUUUUCAACUUUAAAUUCUUUUUAUUGUUAAAAUUACUAGAUAAAAAAAGGUAAUUCGAAAAAAUUUCAGUUAUGAGUGGGAAUAGAAUAAUCCUUUUAGGUUUAGGGUAUUUUAACUAGUUUGGUUAGCAAAUUUGAAUUAAUAGAAGAAAUUCGUUAACACCAAGCAUUAUAUAAAAUGGUUGGAUAUGUGUUGGAAUUGCUGGUUGUGGUAUAUGAAAUAUUACUUCAAAUAAACGAGGGUGCGAUAACAAGGCACUUCUAUCAAGGAUUUUUUACAAAAAUACAACGUAAAACUGAAUAAUAAACGUAAACUUUCUCUUCACUAACACUACUGUCGUUAUUGGUUUUUUAGUUUUAUAUUUUAAAACUUCAAUUUCUUCUUCUUUUUUUGUUUUUGGAUAAAUAUGACAUUUUCUACAAAUCUUUUUUUUUUUCAAUAUAUUCUUUGUCGACAACCACAUGCCAUAGAAAUAAACUAAUAUUAAUUUCACACUACCAGGGGCGUAGCAAAUUUUAGUGAAUAAAGGCUAAUAUAUUCAAAAUUAAGCCUUUGAUUGUUGAUAUUUAUUUGGAAUAUUAAAAAAAGAGCUUUGUAUGUAGACCUAAUCAAACUAAAAAGCAAUAUUAUUAAUGUUAAAAUAAUAAAUUGUUAUCAAGUCUUUAAAAUUAAAUAUUCAACACUAAAUGAAGUUUUUUUUCCACUGGCCUACUGAAUUUAGUGUAAAGGUUUACUUUGGGAUUGUUAACAAGUUUUAUUUCAUUUCAAAAUAACAGGUUCCUGUAUGUCUGAGCUAUUUUUAUAGUCAAUCCUAUUGUUUCUUGAAUAUUCUUGUAAGUUCUUCAAACUUUCCAGAAUAUUCAAUGGCUGUAUAACCGUACGGAUAAAGGCUGUAUUACAUUGAAAAGAAAAAUAACCUUUCUAGCCUCUAUACAGUAUAGAAAACUCUGUCAGCUGUCAUUUUGAACAUUGUUUGAUAAAUAUGUCAGGACAAUUAAUUUUUUGAGGAAUAUGUUAAUUAGGUAUAUAUAGUUACCAAAAAUAUCUAUAUAUUUUAUCAAAUUCGAAACAUAUCAAUCAUCCAACAAUAACAUACAUAUAACAAAAUAUAGUGGGAAAAACAUUAGAUACACAUAUAUGUAUAUUAGGGUGGCCCAAAAAAUUAUUUUUUCGAGUCACGUACCAAAAUCUGUAAGUUUAUGUUUUGAAAGUCCCCUUCAAAUGGCUCCAAAUUUUUAAAAAUUUCUAAAAUCGUAAAAAUCGAUUUUUUUUAAAUUAUUUUUCUCAUUAUUUAAUUUCUUUCUAUGAGAAAAAUUUUGAAAAUCCUGAAAAUCUCAAGUAGAAAUUUUAAUAUUUAAAGGUCACUCCAAAGUUUCAAAGAGAAGAUUUCAACACGUGAAGCACUCCAAGAAUGUCUAAAAUGUCCCCAAAAUCAAAACUUGCCUCUUGUAUCUUCUCCAACAGCUUGGAGGAUGGAAAAAAGUAUCAAAACAUUUUAACAAAUGAAGCACUCCAAGAAAGUCCAUGGAAUCCCCAAAAUCAAAAUUUUUGGAGAGCAUGGAGGAUGUAAAUCUUCAACAGUAACCUAAGUACAUUGAGAGUAUUUUAUUUGAAGGUUCUUCCAAAUUUUUCAAAGUUUCCAAGACAAGUACUUUAAUAAAGUUUAUAUUAAUAUUUUGGCUUGAGAUUUUCAGGAUAUUCAGAAUUUUUCUUGUAGAAAGAAAUGAAUUAACGAGAAAAAUAAAAUCGAAUUUAGAAAUUUUUAAAAAUUUGGAGAAACCCUUAAAAAAUCUGUUAUAUCCUGCCGUUUUGAGGGGACUCUUAAAACAUUAUAAAUAUACAUAUUUUAGUAUGAGACUAAAAAAAAUGUUUUUGGGCCAUCCUAUUUCAAAUAUAAUACUCCGAGCAAAUUUAUGUAUAAAAAUUUUUUUUUGACGUAGUCAUAAAAUCACGAAUUUUUUUGCCAAUAUGACAAACAUUUAAUAAUACAUUUACGAGGAUAUCAACAAAUACACAAGUUAUUAUACAGGGGAUACAAUAACAACAUUUAUAAUCGAAAUCUGUGUCCCAAUAACUUAUAAUUAAGGGUGACUUUAGACAUUUUAAAACUAGUUUUGAAUAAAUGUUUAUUGGGCUCAAAUAUCCCCAGAAAGUGUGAUUUAAAAUUAUUUUCCCCAUAACUUUUAUACUAGACUUCAUUAGGUAGAAAAAUAUUUUCAAAAAUUAACCACGCACUCUCAAAGGCGCAAGUUUUGUGACUGCGUUCACUCCCAAGCAGGAACAAGAACUGGUAAAUCAUUGUGUUGAAUUGGAGAAACGUUUGAGAUGGCUUUAAAGAGGACAGGCGCAAUUGAGAAUGCUUUUAAUAGUUUUAGAGCCAAGUGAAACUUCUCGCCUGCUCAUCAGAACUCGCCAACUAGCUUCAGAUAAGAAACAAAAGUCAUCCCCAACAAUUACAAAGGUACAUUGAAAUGAUUCCAUUUCCAAUAAAAUAGAAGUAUAAAAAAAUUUAGCAAGUGAAGCACUCAAGAAGGUCCAACAAGUCUCCAAAACCAAAACUUGUCUCUUGUAUUUUCUCCAACAGCUUGGAGGAUAGAAAAAAAGUAUCAAAACAUUUUAAGAAAUGAAGCACUCCAAAAAGAUCAAUUAAAUCCCCAAAAUCGAAACUUUUGGAGAGCAUGGACGAUGGAAAUCUUCAUCAGUAACCAAAGUACAUUGACAGGAUUUUAAAUCCAAUUAGAUUAAAGUAUCAAAACACAUUUUAGCAAGUGAAGCACUCCAAGAAGGUUCAACAAGUCUCCAAAACCAUAAUUUGUCUCUCAUAUCUUCUUCUGCAACAUGGAGGAUGGAAAAAUAGUAUCAACAAACAUUUUAACAUUUGAAGCACUCCAAGAAUGUCUAAAAUGUCUCCAAAACCAAAACUUGCCUCUUGUAUCUUCUCCAACAGCUUGGGGGAUGUAAAAAAAGUAUCAAAACAUUUCAACAAAUGAAGCACUUGAAGAAGAUCCAUUAAAUCCUCAAAAUCGAAACUUUUGGAGAGCAUGGAGGAUAGAAAUCUUCAACAGUAACCAAAGUACAUUGAGAGAAUUCUAUAUCCAUUGAAAUAAAAGUAUCAAAACACAUUUUAGCAAGUGAAGCAUUCUAAGAAGGUUUAAAUAGUCCCCAAAAUCAAAACUUGCCUCUUGUAUGUUCUCCAACAGCUUGGAGGAUGGAAAAAAAAGUAUCAACAAAUAUUUUAAUAAGAGGAUCCAACAAGUCCCUUGAAUAAAAACUUUUGGAGAGUAUAGUGGAUAGAAAUUUUCGAAAUUUUGUCAAAAUUUUCAGAAAAUUAUGACUCAAAAACAGUUAAAAGUCUAUGGAUUAAUUUUGAAAAUAAAUUCAUACAAUAUUUUCAAGAGCAUA